AUGCACUAUCUUAAAGCAAUGAUCAAACAGACUCUCAUGCUUCCUCCACCGAUUCCACAAACAGUUCCUCGAGAAUCAGUAAAAGAUGUAAAUUUACUUGGUUACCAUAUAGCCGCUGGAACUCAAGUCAUCAUCAAUUCUUGGACCAUCAGAAGAGAUCCUUUAUCAUGGGAAAAUCCAGAGGAGCAUCGAUCAGAGAGGUUCUUAAAUAGUACUAUUGAUGUCAAAGGAAUAAACUUUGAGUUGAUUCCGUUUGGGGCAGGCAGAAGGGGCUGCUCAGGAACUGCUUUUGCUGUUGUGAUAAAUGAGCUAGCAUUAGCAAGGCUUGUGCACAAGUUCAAUUUUGCGUUACAAGAAGGGUUAAAACUAGAAGAUUUGGAUAUGACCGAAGGUAGUGGCAUCACGAUUCGUAGGAAAUAA